AUGGCUGAGGAACUCCAUGGCGAAGAACACCAACAUGGGAACCUCGUGCUUGAGAAUGUGGUGAAUUUUACGUGGGAGAAUUUGACCUACAAAGUUCCUGUGGAGGAUGAUGAUGGUAACACCACGCAGAAGACCCUGCUGUACAACCUGAGCGGCACUGCGCUGGGUGGGCGUGUGUUGGCAAUUAUGGGACCAUCAGGUGCUGGUAAAACGACAUUCAUGGGCGCCAUCACAGGAAAGCUCUAUAACGCCUCGUCGACCAUGGAGGGUUGCUGUUUCUUGAACAACACCAUCUACUCGCAGCGCUACAAGAAGCUCGUUUCGUACGUAUCGCAGGAUGAUAUUGUGAUGGGCAAAGAGACUCCGCGUGAGGCGAUUCAUUUCGCAUGUCGCGUGCGUCUUGGCAUGAGUGAGGAGGUGUCGAAGGGUCUUGUGGAAGAGGUUAUUCAACGGCUGCAUCUGACCAAAUGCCAGGACACUGUGCUGGGCAUUCCUGGCAUUUUGAAGGGUGUUUCUGGUGGUGAGCGAAAGCGUGCCAACGUGGCCACUGAGCUCGUGACGAAUCCGUACGUUAUGUUGUUGGACGAGCCGACGACUGGGUUGGACUCCGUGAACGCCGUGCGUGUUGGGCAAAUGCUGCAGGAUCUGGCGAAGAGAGACAAGCGUACCGUCAUUGCAACAGUGCACUCCCCUUCAUCUGAGUUAGUGGAACUGUUUGACGACCUGCUGCUGCUCGCCAAGGGUCACGUCAUCUACCAUGGUCCCACGGCAGACUCCAUGGAGUACUUUGCCAGCCUGGGAUACCAGCUGCCGCCCCGCACUAAUCCCAGCGAGUACUACAUGAACAUCCUACAGCUUCCAGAAGAGGAGCUGUCUCAGUUGUGGUUAGCGUGGGAAGACUAUGUUAUGUCCCCUAAAGCAAACAGCAACGCGUGUUUGAGUGUUGUGCAAGGCCCUAUUACCCAUCAGAACGAUUUCCUGGAGAAGCAGUUAAGGCUCAAGGGCUCCAGCUUUGGUGUGCAGUUUUCGGAGCUUUCAAAGCGCUCUCUUCGUAUGUAUCGUCGUGACCCAAGUGCCUUUAUCGGACGUUCUUUCCAAACACUGUUUUUCGCGGUGUUCAUGGGUCUGUUCUUCUUCAAUGUGAAGGUCACACAGGAGGGUGUGCAAGAUCGCACAGGUGCGCUUUAUAUGACGCUGCUGAACAAUUUGUUUGGUUCUGCGAUGCAUGGUGUUUCGGUUUACCCGCCGGAGAGAGCUGUCUUCUUGCAGGAGCAGGCCAAUGAUUCGUACAACGCGUUUAUAUACUUUAUCGGGAAAUAUGCUGCAGAAAUGCCUUUCCAGAUAAUAUUUCCUACCGUAUUUGACCUCAUUGCGUACUUUAUGAUUCACUUCUAUCGCAGUGCCGACGCCUUCUUCGUGCAUUGGUUUAUUCUGGUGCUCAUUUCCACGUUGGGUUAUUCGUUCGGGUUGAUGUUCGCGACCUUUUUUGAGACCUCGACCACGGCAUUUGCACUCCUGCCGGUGAUUUUCCUCCCGCUCUUCAUUGUGGCUGGUUUGUUCGCCAACACGGAGCGGCUGGAGCCGUACUGGGUGUGGCUGAACUAUGUUUCCUUCCCUCGCCACGCCUACCUUGGCGUCUUCACGAACGAGUUUAGCCGCCUGGACGUUAUCUGCGACCCCGUCACGCCGAACUGCAGCAUCGCCGACGGCGACACGAUGAUUCGCCAGAUGGGCUUUGAGGGCUGGACCUACUGGAAGACAUUCGUGGCGCUGUUUGUGUACCAGCUCGGCCUCUCCGCGAUAGGCUGUUUCUCGCUCUACUCGCAGGGCGUUGCGCGUCGCGGCAAGCUCGCCUUCACGAAGAACCUCGCCUCCCGUGUGGCCUCGCCGCGAGCCAUUGCGUCAGCACGCAGCAAUGACGAGAUUUCCAUGUCGGACGCAACGCCGAUGGAUGAGAUACCGACGCCGACGAACGCCUACACCGACGGCUCGCAGCACACGGGCGCCUCGCCGUUUGAGGGCGGCACGGAGGUGGCGACGGACGUCACGGUCGCCACGCCAUACUCGGAACAGGGCGCAAAUGACAAGGCGUAG